CUGGCUGGCUGGCUGGCUGCCCGGGCACGGACCGUUUCCACUGUCUGUCCGUCCGUCUCCACGCUCUCGACGGCUCCUCUUCGCGCCGCUCACGCAUCGCGUCGCGACGACGGCGACGUCGGGGAACACGGACCAGCGAAAGGUGGCUCCGGUUUUGUUCUCGCUCGCCGUGCGCCCGUGGCGGAUCCGUACGCGCGGCUCUGUUUCACGCUUCGCCGGGCUGUGACCCUGAAUACUAGUGACAGUGCGUGUCUCCGACCUUGGCACGCCGUUCGCCAAAAGUUCUCCAAUGGCAGCGCGAGCAACGGUACCCGCCACAGCUGAUCGACCACCGGCCAAGCCGAAUUCCUCUCGACUAUCUACCAAAGGAUUUCGUCACGAGGCGUAAUCAGGAGACAGACAGACGGAUGGGGCUUUGAAGAAUGAACGUCAAAGAAACGGAUUUGCGCAGUAAAAUCGAAGAAAUGGAAGCCAACUCGUCUCGAUGUUCGACGGGAGCUUUGAAUUAACGAUGGUCGCUAGUGGAUCAAGAAUAAAUGUGCCAGCACGAGCUAUCAGACGUACACAGAGCAUGAAGAGGAGAAGACUCGAUUGACUCCGUAGAAACGUUCGGUGCCAGUUUGGAGGAUGGAGGAGUCCUCGCCAAGGAUUCGUCCCUAUCUGGAUUGCUGGGACCAGAACGAAGACAAGUACUCGGUGGCGAACAGCCAAGCGCCGUUGCAAGCUGGCGAGGACGAACACCCUGAGCGAGGCACAUGGACGGGGAAAUUCGACUUCCUGUUGUCCCUUCUGGGGUACAGCGUCGGGCUUGGCAAUGUCUGGCGCUUUCCGUACCUCUGCUACUCGAACGGAGGGGGUGCUUUUCUGAUACCGUUCUCGGUGAUGCUCAUUAUCGCCGGAUUGCCCCUCAUGUUCAUGGAGCUUUCCUUAGGGCAGUACGCGAGCCUUGGCCCAGUGGCGGCUUACAAACGCUUCUGCCCCCUGCUAAGAGGCCUGGGAUACGGAAUGGUCCUGAUCAGUUCCGUCGUGAUGCUCUAUUACAACCUGAUCAUCGCCUGGACGCUCUACUACAUCUUCGUCUCUCUCUCCGGAGCUGGUAAACUGCCAUGGAGCAAGUGCGAGCCACCAUGGAGCACCGACGAUUGUUUCAUGCCAGAAGCUGCCGAAGCGUGCGUCACUCAAAACAUGACUUACUUCAAAAGGAAAUGCUUGAAUUCUACCCAAAUGGCCUCCAUAGGUCUGACUAUGGAAAAUAUCACUAGUGCCAUUAGGAAACCACCGGCUGAGGAAUAUUUCAAUAAUCACGUCUUGGGAAUGAGUAGCGGGAUCGAGGAAACGGGAUCUGUUCGACCCUGGAUGGCGAUAAACCUUCUGUUAGCUUGGAUCAUCGUCUUCCUCUGUCUGAGCAAAGGUGUUCAAAGCUCUGGGAAAGUUGUGUACUUCACUGCUCUCUUCCCUUAUGUUGUUCUGAUCGCUCUUUUCAUUCGCGGCAUUCAGCUUCCCGGUGCCAGCGAGGGCAUUAUCUAUUAUCUAACGCCCGAUUGGAGAAGACUAAUGUCCGCGAAAGUGUGGAGCGACGCCGCGGUGCAGAUCUUCUUCGCCCUGAGCCCAGCCUGGGGCGGUCUGAUAACUCUCAGCUCCUACAACAAGUUCAACAACGAUUGCUACAAGGACUCGGUGAUCGUCGCCAUCAGCAACAUCGGCACGUCCUUUUUCGCUGGUUUCGUGAUAUUCUCGGUGAUUGGUUUCCUGGCCCACGAGCUCGACGUCCCUGUCGCCUCUGUCGUCGACCAAGGUGUUGGGUUAGCGUUCAUCGUCUACCCUGAGGUAGUCGCACGUCUAUCGGUUGCACCUGUCUGGUCGCUGCUCUUCUUCGUGAUGCUUCUCACCUUGGGUCUCGACUCGCAAUUCGCCUUGAUGGAGACAGUUACCACGGCCAUACUCGACGCAUUUCCGUCAUUAAGACACUAUAAAACGUGGGUCGUCCUGGCUGUAUCUGUUUUCGGUUACGGCGGUGGCAUAGUCUUCACUACUAACGCCGGAGUGUAUUGGCUACAACUAAUGGACAAGUACGCAGCCAAUUGGUCAGUGUUACUGAUCGCCAUAGGCGAGUGUAUUCUGGUCGGUUGGAUCUAUGGCGCGCAUCGAUUUCUCGACGAUGUUCAGCUGAUGAUAGGCCCACAGAGUCGCCUCUGGAGGUUUUUCUGGACCUGGAUGUGGAGGAUCGUCACCCCAGCGACCCUGUUCUUCAUUCUUUUCUUCAAUUGGAUCGAGUACCAGCCUCUCACCUACGGUGGCUACGUUUACCCCACAUGGGCGAACGCCGUUGGAUGGAUUAUCGGCAUGAUACCCGUUCUGGUCAUCGUUGGCAUGACUCUCACUCAGCUGAGAGACCAUCGUCGACGAUCCGCCUACGACGACGACGACGACGAUGACGACGACGACCUGGACAACAGGCCGUCCUAUCAGAGACACGGUAAAGGUAGAACGAAGAAGAGCAAGGGCAGGAGCGUAUGGUGUCGCGCCAAGAUGCUUCUGCAGCCAACACCCGAUUGGGGCCCCGCCACCAGAAAUCCAUCGACCCCGUCGAGGACCCUCACUCACACCCCGUCGCCAGGGCAACCAGCAGGAUACGACUCGGUGCGAGACACCAUAGUCCUGGUGAACGGUCAGCCGAUGAUGUUGCAGCCUUCGAGCUCGACUGGCACCUCUCAGAAGCUGCCUGGACCAUCGAUCCUCAAGAACUCUAGUAAAACCGACUUGAUCACGUCUCAACAAGUCUGACAUGAUGUUCAUUUUACCUCCGAUGAGAAGUCUGCCGAAGAAUCUGUCGCCACGAACACAACACGCCAGUAAAAGGUAGUUGCGUAUCGCGGAUAGGCUCGCAAACGAUCCACGGAUCGAUGGCGAAUUCAAGGAAGGACGAAAAGAUAGAAGAAGAAUUUAUAAGGAGACUAUUUUCUUUUAUAUACAUACCUAACGCAAUCCUAGUAUCUUCUAUUAUACAUUUUAUUUUUCAUUUCUUUUGAAACAAGUUGAAAGUGUUUUACCCCCGUUUCCAGAGAUACCAACUUCACUGAACCGAAUCGAAAGUGUCCAAGCCUUCUUUGACGAACUUUUAGAGAUUUUAUAGUUUAUUUUAGAAUUCAUAGUUCGACACGCCUUAUUAUUCAGUGAAGGUGAACCGACGAACGUUGAUUUAGCACCGAAACGGUUACGGCUAAUUAAAAGAGUUUAUUUAAUUGCCGGUAUUCCUAAGCGCGAAUCGCAAUUGAAUCUUCGACAUCGUGAUUCGACUGUUGCAAGCGUUUAGGUCCGUCGCACGAUCGACCUGCAAAUUGACGAGGAGACGAAGAACCUGUGAAACGCUCCGUACACGCUACGAUGUGAACAUUAUUUAUUGUAAACAAUUACGCUACUCCACUGCUUUCGAUUGUACAUAAGAAAACGUAAGAAAUUAACCAUUGUGUACGUGCUCUAGAGAAGAAAAUUAUGGUAUCUAUCGUUUCACGCGAGCGACACGCAAAGUUAGAACGAAUAAUGCCGUUUAUCCGGAUUAAAUUGACGCACCUCUAAAGUGGGGUGCAAUAUCACUGGACGAUUAAUUGCUCCACGUGGGAGAUUUAACCAUGGUAAUGUUAUUCCAGGCUUUCAUGGCUUACUUCAGGGUUGAUAUUAACAGAAGCUUGUUGGUACAAAUCGUGUCUUUUGGAUAAGAUCAUCGACGUUUAUUCAGCAAUGCAGAUGGCUUCUUCAAGGGUCGAAUGACACACUGAUGAAAAAUUUGAGUUUUUGACUUGAUUCUUCAGAGUUGACAUUAACAGAAGCUCGUGGAUGUAAGACUUCGGAUACCCUUAGUUUCGUGAGCAUUGCAGCUGGCUUCUUCAAGGGUGAAAAAAUGCACAGAGUUGGAUUAGGUGUAGAUUAAGUUUGAGUUUUGUCCGAAAUAUCACUGAAAUAUCAUUAUUUCAUUUGACGUCUUAAGAAGCUAGUAACACUGAAGAAACAUCAAACAGUCUUAACCAAAUGACACGACUUACACUUAGAAGCCCCAUUAUCAAUCAUGGUAAUGUUGCUUGCAUAGCGACGGGUUUAGACAUUCGACGUAGGCAGUUCGAAAACAUCAAGUUGAAUUUCCUUACCCAGUGUCAGGGCACUUUAUCGCAAAAGGUUCAUUGUUGCAAGGUCAUUCGGACGUUAAAGGAGCCGUAAGUUUUGUAAAUUUGUAGCUUCGUGAUCGCUGAGCAUUUUUCCAUGUUGACUCGCGAAAUGCUUCGCACGAGAAUUGUUAUCGUUUUGGAGAGAAUUCCAACAGUGCUGAAACGAGUGGUUCCAGAAGAAUUGGCAGAUGGUUUGCGGUGCAAAGAUUGUUUAAUUAGUUUAAAUUUUUACAUUCGUUACUUCAUUACUUCGGGACACCAGGAUAUCUAUUCUGAUUAUUGCAACGAUACAACGUUGGUAUCAGUGUCACUAGACGCUGUAUCGUUAGCAACUUUGAGAGAUUUAAGCUGGGUGACAUAUGACUGAUGACACGUGGGAUUUUUUAACAAUUAUACAAGGUAGAGGCACCAGUAGUUGACACAUUAUGUAUACAAAACGUAUACCAUUUAAAUAUUAAUGUCGAAAUAUGUAAAAUAAAUCAAGAAAAAGAUGCUUUUAUGGAUCGAAGUAUUGCUGUUUAAUCCUCUGAAACGCUUAAUAAUUCAGCGAAGUGUGAAAAAAAACCGAAUUUGUAUCCCCUACCAAACAUAAAUAACAACUUAUCUCGAGUUAUGGAGCGAAUAAAAAAAGUUGAUGCAUACGCCAAUGAAAAUCCCAGAAAUGCUGGUACAGACGCCAAUGAAUGUUUUGGUCGCACCCAGGAGUUCCAGGAAAAAGUACCGCUCCUUAGAGCUUCACGAACGCGUUUCUUGGAAUUUCAGGAGGCCGCGCGGCGCACCCCUCACUCUAUCUAGCAAGUCUAUCGCUUCCGAAAAUGUAAACAGCGAUAGCUCGGAGUAGAAUCGUCGGAUCUCUUUCAAAGAAUAUUCAAAUUGAAGGGCGCAAUUUCUGCUAUCUGAUAAAUGUUUAUCAUCAACGUUACACAUUUUUAAACAUUUUGUUUUGUUUAUUGCUGUACUGAACGCGAAAUAUAAGUAUGAUUAAGUAAAAUAACACUCGUUCGGGAAUUUUAAUUAUUAAUUUUAAUUAACACUAAGAUAACAUCGUUUCAAGAAGAUUUUAAUAGUCAAUUACUGGUGCUUCUACUUUACACGCUCCACAUACUCAUGACACGUAUCUGUUAGUAUUAAAAACCCCAAGUGUAUCCUAGUAAUUUUUCAGAUACAAUCGAUCCUCGAACCUGAACUUCUUCAUAUCUUCAAAUUAGCUCAGAGUUGAGCUUAACUUUGGGUGGUUUCGCCUAAAUCCACGUUUCCACGUGCCCAAUACGCACAUUCGAAUCAUUUAUAUUUCGUUAGCGAACGAAGCAAUCUGUAAAAGUUUCUCUUGACUCCAGCUGAACGUUGGAUGGAAUUGCCUAAAGACACAUUCCCGCUUGUGCGACGCGUGCAUUUGAAUUAUUUGUGGUAGUGGCUGUAAAAAUCGUUGUAGCUACACUAGAGUGUUUCGUUAGAAUAAAUUAUGUUUUCUUGAAUGUAAAUUAAGUCUUUAUCGGUAACAUAGAUGGUUACUGCUCGUACGAGAGCUAAACCAAGAAGAUUGGUAUUUUUAAGGUGGUACAAUUUCUAUGAUAACAACUAUAUACUGAUUUUCACCAGUAAGUAAUGUGUUCUGCAAAAGUUUGCUCAGAUUUGAGCCGAACUUCGAGCUGAGCCACCUAAAGCUACGUUCCCAUGUUUGCAACGUGUGUAUUACAAUUAUUUACGUUAGAAAGAAAAGCUAAUGUUUAUUUCUUUAUCUUUCGUUCUUUACUCAAAUUUUGCUCGUUCGUAUACUCAGAAGAUUUUUAAAUAAAUAACCAAGGGUUAGAUCAACUCUAUCUUAAUUUUUCAUAGAAAAUUGCGAAAAGUGGGAAAAUUUCAUUCAGGGAAUCCACGUGAACGCUCAAGCGAGAAUGUGACUUUAGGUGGUUCGAUUAGGGGCUCGAGGCAAGUUCAGAUCGAACCUUUCACGUUGUACCCAACAAUUAUCACUCAUAGUUCUAUAAAUUCACUCAUCGAUACGCAGUAUCCUUUAUUUCUCGACACAGUUCCACUUAUGCGAAGGAAUUUACAUGGGAAAUUAAACGAAGUGGACGAAAGUAUGGUCGAGGGAGGAAAGAGAAGACGCCAGGCGUAGACAGUACAUAGCAUGUUCCUAAAACGGAGUAAUUAGUGUUAUCGUCAUUCCUACAUUGCCUCAUCGGUGUCCUCCAACAGAGAAAUGGCAACAAUCGUCAGUCGACGCGAAUAGAUUAUUUUUGUCAAGCUGGUCGUCGCGAUUGUUGCUUUAUUUUUGGCUGAUGUUUUGACUCUUUAACCGACGGUCACCCAAUCCAUUGGUAAUACUCUCGCAAACUAUUACAUAUUCAGAAGCAUACACAUAUUUAUCUCCACGUCUGCCAUAAUCAAAGGCAAACAACAGUGGAAAUAAUUUAUAUCUCUGUAUCAAAGGACUGCUGUAUAAAAUUCUUUUGUUGCUCUAAAAUUGGCGUUUCCCUUAAAGCCUAAAAUAUUGUCUUACGAAUUAGAAAUAAUUUAUAUCUCUGUAUCAAAGGACUGCUAUAUAAAAUUCUUUUGUUGCUCUAAAAUUGGCGUUUCCCUUAAAGCCUAAAAUAUUGUCUUACGAAUUAGAAAUAAUUUAUAUCUCUGUAUCAAAGGGUUGCCGUAUAAAAUUCUUUCGAUACUCUAAAAUUGGCGUUUCCCCUUAAAGUCUAAAAUAUUUUCUCACGAAUUAGGGUGACCGUCGAGUGUUUACAUGUACGCGCGCCUCCGAUUACUAUUAUUUGCCGGCUGUCAGGAAUUUCAGGGAAAUAGACUAAGUAGCCGAUGCGUUCACGCACGAAGACUGCAUGCCACCGUAAAAGGGGAUAUUUUUGCGUCGAUCACGCACAGGGGAAGGUAGGGGGGUGUUGGAAAAAGAAGAAGGGGUGUCGUUUCACGGGUCAGCGGGAAAACGUUUCGGAUCGUUCCCGACCCAACAUAGGAAAUAUAAAUAAACAAGAAAUAUAAUUAAGUCGGCGAUGUCGAAAUGCCAGACAAUUACGCGUACGUACAGUCAAUAACGUGAAAGAUCGUGAUUCUUUAUUUUUUAUGUGACCCCAUUUGUAAAGUGUUGCUAGCUGUAUCGUAUGUAUAACAUUUAUCGUACUUCGUAUAUAUACAUAUACAUGUACACACGUUACAGAUAUACAUAUAGUAUAUAUACAUAUGACAUAUACAAUAUAAUAUAUAUUAUAAAUAAUAUAUUUAUAGACGCUUGUACACUGGUGUACGCGUCCUAUAGUUUAUUACGUGUACAAAAGAAGCAUAAAACUACACGAUCAUCGUUGGAUAUAAGAAGCUGAGGGCGAGACAAACCAAUGAGAAUACAACAAGAGAAUAUAAACAAUUAACAUUUACCGAACCUGUUGCGUUCAAAUGAAGUAAAAAAGAAAAACAGGAAACUAAAUAUGUUAACUCAUAUCCGUGAGCGUGCGAAAGUAAUAUGUUGCGUGAUACGAUGCGUUUUUUGUGAGCAAAUGAUGAAAGUGUGUACGGUGCGAGCGUAUACGUAUAUUUUUUAGCGUAAAACGGGCCUAACUCCACUUUUCGUCCUCUCAACGAUCCGCGCGCCGUUGGAUGGUUGCUUAGAAUUUUAAAAAAAGACUUGUUUCCUUCUCUUCGAUCCUGGUUAUUGUAAUUUUUAAUUUGUACACUUUACUUCCUUGGUCAAAAUUAAAGUAAGUCAGCUAAGUAAGUAAGUAAGUUACUUUCGCAAUUGUUCGCGCAAGUUAUUUUAUUAUUUAAAAAUAUCUUUGUGCAUCAAAUGUUACGCAGAAUGUUUUAAAAUAUAUAACACCAAUGCAAAAGCAGGUAAUUCAUUUUGAAAAAGAAUUACUACGAUAAAAAAUGCAAUUCAUUUUACACGAAACUAUGUUCUCAAGAUAAUCGAUUUUAAAAAUAUUGCGAGAGGUAGCGCGUACUUUAGUAAGGAACUUAUGAAACCCAGAUGAAUUUAGUUAGUAAUGAAUUAGUUUAGUAACGAUAAGUGUUCGAAUAGUUCUUCCCUACGGUUACCAAGUGUCAUCAGUAUUUUUGCUAGGAAAACAAUUUUUUUAAUUAGAACUCGCUACUUCUGUACACUGAAAUUAACCCAGUUAUGGCUGAUACAUAUAGAAGUGUGUUAAAAAUGUUAAAAAUGUGUGUUGAAUAAAAAUUUUAAAUAUGUCGUUGUUCUGUUUUGAUAUUAGAUAUGUUAGGCUAACGUCUUUCUAGAAGGAAGGCUCGUUUUAGGUAUCCUGUUACGCCUAAUCUACUCGUGGUAAAAUGUUUCAAAGAAAAAAGUAAAAAAAUUGCAGCCUUACCUGGGUUAAGCAACAACGCGAACUCGAAAUUGUUUCAUUUAAUUACCUCAAGAACGAAGGUUCGUGCAAACAAUUUUAAUCUACACUUCUCAGAGGAUCACCUCUUUGUAAACUGUGCUAUAUAUUUUAGGACACUCUGUGCAUGGAAACCGUCACGGUUUAGUUUGAGUAAACGUUGCGUUACGGGUUUCGUCCAAUUUGCAAACAAUCGAAGUGGACGUUAGGAGUAAGUAAUCGGCCCUUACGUUUAGAUGUAAGUAAUCCCCCCCUCGCCAUCAAUCCUUUGCUCAAAAGGACGAACUAGUGGAGGAGGAUCCUCGCCAUUCGCGCCCAAGACGGAUCCUCGUUGACCUAAUUAACGUUUUAGAAUCUAGUCGUUGUUGAUACUCAGAGCUUCAAAGAAUAGGCAAAUCAUUCGACAGAACGAUAACUCGAAUCCCAAGAUAGGAAUUCGUUUCGAAUCGAGCCACGCAUCUCGAGGACAAUGAAAGUUUACCCAGUCGAUUCACUUCGAGACACCAAACAUUCUCCAAUCGAUCUUCCACUGACACGAUUAAUGUAAGAGUCUAACAUUUCGGGAAAAUAUUAAACGUAAGAAGGUCGUCUUUAUUUUGUUACGCGAUAUCAUUAGGUCGUUUGGAUUUGUGUAUUAUCGGAUCGUUUGCUGUUAGGUUUUUAUUUUGUAAUUGUAGAAGGAACAGUCCACCGGACUGGAUAAAUGGAUCAUGAUAUAAUAUGACUACGAAGAUCGUAAGAAAAAUUUGCAUUCUAAAUAUUUUUGUACAUAGUUAUUAGUAUCGUGAUUUAUCCUUGAAUUUAUUCCAUCAAUUUCUUUUAUUUUCUAAAUAACUUAAAGUUAGACACUAAACAAAUAUACACGAAAUUACUAGACGCGUUUCUAAUUAGCCAUAUCCAAGACACGAUCAAAUUCCUUCAUUGAUACAUUGAUACAGACGAAUUCUCUUCGGCGAUUGCUGAUGAACAAACUUGGGAUUCGCGAUGAAAGUGUGACUGAUAGAUAAGCAUUCCAGAAAACUUAAUUGUCCUUAGGCUAGGUAGGCGAAUCUGAUGCUGGUUUAAAAGGAAUUUAAAGAAAAAAAAUCAAACUAGCUCGUCAUUAACAACAAACAACAAUAAUAAUAAUACAUAUUAAUUAUAAAAGUUAUGUUACAAGUAAAUAAUAAUAAUAAUAAUAAUAAUAAUAAUAAUAAUAAUAAUAAUAAUAGCGUUAGCAGCCGGGGUUUAAGCCGGCUAGGCCGCGUGGUCGACUGUCCUAGGUAGGGUUAAGAUUCCAGUGACGUAGAAUUAUCAGUAACAACACGGUAACAUUGCCAGUAACAAUAACAAAAAGAGAAACAAACACCACCAGGUGUCGAUUACUAUUUUAACGUAACUUUGGUUGAGCAGUUUAGCUGUGUCCAUUUAUGCGAGAGUGAGGAUUGUGCCUGGCGUUCAAACGACCUUGAACGUCAAAUUCUUGCCUAUAAACCCAUAGUUUAACUUCGAUAUUGUAGACGAAUGAAAUUGUCCAAAUUUUUCCUUGGGAAAUUUUCAAUAAAUCCAUUUCACUAUUUUAGCAAAGAAAUAAAAAUAGAAAUAAUCUAGAGCUUGCUCUAAUUACUUACAUCUAACAUCGGAUCGUAGGGGUUUAAUGGUUUUCGCGGCACUAGGUAACGCGUUUUAAUUUUUAUAUAGCCGAAACAAUUUGUCGAGGGUCUAGUGAACAUACAUCAUUUUUGCUCAAUUUUAUUUCAUGUUUUCGAUGACCUCUAAUUAAUCAAAAUAAAUCAGAAUUUAAUUUUGUGGGUCGUGGCAAAUCUUUUCAUUCAUUUGAAUUUAACGUUGACAAGAAUGACCUAGAAUAAAAUAUAUGAGAAAUGUAAAUAAAAGGAAAGAAAGAUAGUAGCAUAAAAGUAGAAUAGCAGCGUAAACGUCAAUUGUAGUAAAAUUGAUAACAUUAAUAAUAUCGAGGAAUUCAAAGUUGGUCAUAAAAUAAACUUUACGUUUUAAUAGACGCUUUAAUAAAUAUUCUUGUAUUAAUUAGAAGUAACAGAGACCCUUGACAAAUUGUCUAGCAUUGAAAAAUUACAAUUUAUCGUAGCUAAACCGAAAGUAUCACUUAGGUUGUCUCGUGUUACCGCUACAGAAGCACACAGGCGAUAGUCGUAAAACAUUCGUUCGGGGAUCUCGAUUUACCGAACGGAUUUAUGGUUACCGGGUUAUGUUACGGACUUUACGUCACUAAGAGCAACCAGUAGAGCGAACAGUACAAAGUAACGUGUCCUAGAGCCAAUCGAGAAAGAGGAAAGCGUUCAAGAGCGAGAUACACAGAUGUGUUUAAGGAGUCUUCUCGUUUUAGUGCCCAAAAAAUUAACUCAUAUUUGCUCAUUUCUUAUAGAGAAUGUACGAGUUGGAUUGUCCUCAAAUUUGGCACGUGGGUUCGUUAAUCACUUAUCAAGAUUUUCGAAUUUUUGGACUAAAAAAAAAACGAACAUUGACAAAAUGACGACACUUGAAAAAAAAGUCUUAUUUUUAUCAGCAUUCUUUGAUUUUUCUGAACCGUGAAAAGAUGUAAUAGUUUUUUAAUUUUAAUUAGGAUUGGUGCACUCAAAAUGGAGUUUUCUUUAAUUAAAUUGAGUUGUUUUUAUUUUAGCAAUUUCACAAAUUUUUGGAACAUCUAAACCGAGAAGACCUCUUGUGUUUCGUGAAAGCGAUUAUAUUAGUUAUUCCUUCUCGUUAAGGCAGAUUUUUGUACGUCGUCGGACGGUCGAAAGAACGAUAACAAACCGCAAAGUAAAAUUCCUGAUCAAAUGUUCAAACGAAAGAAAAAAGGGAACCGUUCGCUUGUGUUUGCGAUCGAACUUUCGCGCGUUCUAUCGUGUCUCUCGAUUUCCUCUCUGAUUUUUAUUAAUUAUUAUAUUAUUUAUAGGAGUAUUUGCCAACGAAAAUAUGGUUGAAAGGUAUACGAAACUGUAUACUCGAAUAUGUUUCUUUAACCAACCGUCGAUUUUAUUUAUAUAUGAAUGGUAAUUAAGGGCUAACUAACAUCAAAUUAAUACUGAUUCAAUUUAUCUUCAAUUAAAACGAGAGGCACUAUUAGAACGUGACGAAUGAUAUACAAUCAAAAUACAAGAAAAUGUUAUUAUUCGACACACGAGGGUAAAUCCAUGGACAUAUAACAAUAUGUCUGUGACAUAUUUUCUAGAAGAAGAAAAAUUCUAGAAGCAUGUUCCAACAUUCGAAAUUAAUUUUAAUGAACAUGAAAUUAAAAAUAAUCAUCGUGAAUGUAUACAAAAAAGAAUAAAGUUAAUUAUAGCUCAAGCAUAGUUCACUCCACAUUAAUUACAAAUGAUUUGUAAACUGUGAGAAGAAAGUUACUUCAAAUUUUUCGAGUUGCAAAUCAGAUUGCAAGCUUCCCAAUGAUUAAUUACAAACAGAUUAUGUUCGCUGUUUGAUUCGCCCUCGUGCGUAAGGUCAAGAGUAGUCAACAGGGAGUUAAGGAGACGAACGAGAAUACUGAAAUUAUAUAUUGUAUCUAUAUUGAUCAAACACGUAUAUAUAUAUGGAGGCAUAGAUAUGUAUAUAUGUAUGUAUAUAAAAAAGAGAAGUAUAUACAUAUGUAUACACGUUGUUGCAUAAUGUUAGCGACGCUCCCCACGCAUAGAAAAAUGGGGGGGAAAGUUUUACGCGUGACGAGUUCAAUUCGAGAUGUUUAUCGUGCGUUGACAAUUUGCGAACAAGUAAGAAGAGGUUUAACAAAACAAAUAAGACGAUAUUCGAAGGACGAUGAGUAUAUAUAUAUAUAUAUAAUAUCGGAAAUUAAGAAAUUGUAUUAAUAUACAUGUACAUUGCAUUGAGGAAGAUAUAUACAUUAUGUAAAUUCUAUGUAAAUGUAUAUGAUGCGUGUGUAAUUAAUAAAGUGUUGAUAUAUAUGGUUGACGAUACGUC